AUGGCCAGUCCAAUCAUUCUACUAAUCUGUCUUUUUGUACAAUCUCUCCUUGCCGUGGAUCUUACUGUCGACGUCGGUUACACCAAAUAUCGUGGGACGGAUCGGGGCAAUGGGAUUUAUCGCUGGGCUGGAAUGCGGUAUGCCCGUAGUGCCUCUCGACGUGAUGGCAUGCGCUUCGCUCCUCCUGCGGAGCCUCCUUCAAUAGGAGGCAUCGUCGAUGCUAAAGAAUUUGGACCAGUAUGUAUCUCCUCGGGCACUGACCUGAAAUCGGAGUUCGGAGUCGACCAAUCCGAGGACUGCUUGUUUGUCAACGUCUUCGCCCCAGCCAAAGCGACUGCCACCAGUAACCUCCCCGUCUAUGUCUUUAUCCAGGGCGGUGGCUUUAAUGCUAACGGCAACCCAAACUUUGACGGUGCCUCACUCAUCCACGCCGCAAAUUUUGAGAUGGUUGUGGUGAACUUCAACUACCGAGUUGGGCCGUAUGGGUUCCUCGCCGGCCAAGAGAUUGUCUCGGACAAGGGCUCGAGUCUUAACAAUGGACUGAAAGACCAACGGCAGCUAUUGAAAUGGGUCAAAACUCAUAUUCGCCAAUUUGGAGGUGAUCCAGAUCACGUAACUCUCGGAGGAGCCAGCGCCGGCGGAGGGUCGGUAGUACUUCAUCUUACAGCAUAUGGAGGCCGAGAUGACAAGCUUUUCAAUGCUGCCGUCGCCGAGUCUCAAGCAUUCCCCCCGCUUCGCACCGUCAAGGACAGCCAAUUCCAGUACGAUGAGCUCUUGAAGCAGACUGGAUGCAAAGAUCUUAAAUGCAUGCGCGACAUGGAUGCAGUCCAGUUCCAAAAAGCUGUGCGGAGCAUUAACAUGCCUUUCCCGGGUGGGAAGGAAGCUCCGAUGUGGUUCUGGAACCCUACAUUGGACUACGAUUUUAUUGGUAACUAUACGUACAAUGAGAUCAAGGCCGGGCAUCUUGUGAAGGUUCCUACCAUUUUUGGAGAUGACACCAAUGAAGGAACGCAGUUCAUUCCCGACGAAGUGACCUCGAUGAGCAAAGCUGAGCAAUUCGUUUCUGAUCAAUAUACCACUUUAAGCGAGCAGCAGAAGGCCAGCAUUCGAGCCGUAUUCCAGGGUCCGACCAACACUGAAAACGACCCAAAUUGGAAGAAAGUCGCCGCGGAAGUAUUCGGCUCCAUCCGCUACGUGUGUCCAGGUAUCAAUAUCUCGGCCGCAUACGCCAACAAUGGCAGUCCGACCUGGCAGUAUAGAUGGGACGUGGGUAGUGCUCUUCAUGUAUCGGAGCUCGGGCCUGUCUGGUUCAAUGGCACUUCUGCCGCUGCGGUCUUCAUUCACAACUAUUUCGCCUCCUUCAUCCGCUCAUAUGACCCGAACAAGUACAAGCAUGAUUUCUUCGUCGAUGGAGGGAAGAAAAUCACUUCUCCGACAUGGGAGCAGUUCGGCAAAGGCAAUGGCAAGCGGAUGUUGUUCGCUGACAACAACUUGGUGAAGAUGGAGGAUAUACCGAAUGAGCAGCACCAAAAGUGCGGCGUCAUCAGCGGGCUCGGCAUCUCAUUGAAGCAGUAA